AUGGCGGCGCAGAUUAUGAACGCGCGGACGCAUAUCGGCCCUUCGCCUUUGUCGAAUCCGCCGUUUGUAUCGAAAUGGUCAGCCAGAUAUCGCGGGGCCACCGUACAAGACCUCGAGCCCCCUUCGGCGCUGUCUUUGAACCCCACCGACACCGUCUCCAUGGCUAUGAUGUAUGCCUUUGAGCGCGAGUACACGCACCUGACAGUCGUGGACUCGGACACGCGCGCGCUCAUGGGCUACAUCGCGAUCCCCGCGCUACAGGCCAAGCUAGAAAGUGGCGCCGUGGCCGGGGAGGAUCCCCUCUCCAAGGCGAUGAUGCGUUUCCAGAGAAAGGGCAAGAAGUACACCAUAAUUACGCUCAACACGCCACUCGAGGAGCUCGAGGCUUUCUUCGAGGGAUACACAAGUGGUGGGCAGAAGCAGGAGUUUGCGGUUGUUAGUGACGAGGACAGGAAGUUCGUUCUUGGUGUGGCGACGAGGUCUGAUCUCGAGGAGUUUGUCAAGAGGAGGCCAGCGUAG